AUGAGAGAUUUCUGGUGGAAGGCCCUGCACGGGGCUCUCAAAAUCGGGCCUUACUGGGAUAAUAUCCCGGGGUACGAACAACGCUCGACAUGCACACACUGCGGCGUACCCGAAAGUCUAGAACAUAUCUGGAAUGAGUGCGACGCACCUGGAGCGCUCGAAAUCUGGAAGGGCGUACAGGAUGUGUUGAGACGAGCGAACGUCAUCGUCCCACAGCUGUCCUUCGCGGCGCUGCUCGCCGCACCAGCCCUCUCAGUCCGAUCUCAUCGGAACAAACCUCUAGCAGGACGGUCGCGCUUGCUCCGCAUUGUACUGACCGAGUCCUGCCACCUGAUUUGGAAAAUUAGAUGUGAAAGGGUUAUCGGUAGAGAAGGAGACCCAACCUUGUAUCACUCAACAGCAGAGAUCCGCAAGCGUUGGCUACACGCUCUGAACAGGCGUUUGAACAUAGAUCAAGCCCUGACGUCGCGAGCGCUUCGGCGCAAAUCUCUCAACGCAUCGCUUGUAUGUAGCACAUGGCAGGGCCUGCUUGUAGACGAGCAAUCUCUGCCGGAAGACUGGACUAGUUGUCAGGGGGUUUUAGUGGGUAAGCCUACAUUUUGGGACCACGGUUAG